AUGGCGGGAGACAUUCUGAAAACAAAUUACAACGAGACAACAGUCCAACGGAUCUGUCUCACGCACGAACUCCUGAACCAGAUCAUCGAUCAGAAGUUCAUUGGUAGAGAGCUCACCAUAUGGUACCCGCUACCAGUCGCGAGAACUCCACCAGGAACUGUCGACAAUUUCACUUUCGGAGGCCUUGAGAUGGUCAAAGACAUCGUGACGCAUCCGCGAUGGAACGAUCGGCUCAACAUUGAGGUUUUUGGGUUUCCAAGGGUCGAGCCCGCUGAAGAGCUGGACAUGAGCCGGGACUUCUUGGAGCACUUGAGAUCGUACAAUGGGGAGGAGCCGAAGCUCGUGCUUUGA